CGGUCUCGCCUCCUCCAGCAGCAGCAGCAGCGGGUCACCUCUGCGCGGCUGUGCUGCGCUGCGCUGCGCUGCCGGCCGCAGGGGCUGCCGCGCCGCGGGCUGCGAGAGAGGGCGGAGGCAGCUCGCGGUCCCCUCGUCGCCGCGGGCGCCGGGGCGCUACCUGCAGGACUGCCGGCGAGCCGCCGCCGCCGCCGGGCUGCGGUGACAUUGGGAGGAGACUGGGCUGAGGGCGGCGCCGGGGGCAGGGGCGCUGGUGGCCGCGGCCGGUGCGAGCCGCAGCUUGCCCCCACUGUGGCGGCGGGGAGGGGGCGGCGGGCGGCGCGGGUUCGGCUGCCCGGCGCGGCCGCCGGGGCGCUCAGCCCUUCGUCUCCUCUCGCUGUGUCGGGGCUGGAGGCUCCGGACUAUAAAUAGCAGGUUACCCGGCCGCCGGGCGCCGCACGCACGCACCGGGAGGAAAGUGCCGCGCAGGUCGCCCCGCCGGGCGGGCGCCCAGCCCCGAGCCAGUUGACCUUCAUAUGCCCUGCUUAGAUCUUGCUCAGCUUGAACACGCUAAUUAGCAUCAUUAUUGCCCUACUUCAUCUCUUGCUCGUCCUCAUCUCUUCCCUGGCAAUCCAAUGAGAUUCAAUGCUAAAGAUCUGGCUUUGCUGGCCAGGCGGCCAUCGGGUUGUUUUGACAAGGAAGGAAAACUGAAGAUUUGCAGAGUGGUUGGAGAUGAAAAAUUACUAGAACCGAGAGAGAGAUGGUGCCGACUGAAAGGAAAUCUGCUUUUUCUAAUGAAAAAUAAGACUUCUGAAGCCUCUGAAGUGGUAAUCCUGGAGCGGUGCUGGAUUGUGGAGUUCAGGAGUAAAACAGAUGUUUCAAUAGUCCUCAAGUUUCAGAGUGGAGAACCAGAUCUUUACCUUGAAGCUGCAUCAAAGCCAGAUUGUGAAUCCUGGGCUGCAGCACUUGGAGAAGCAAACUCGGAAGGGUUGCGGAAUAAAAUUCAGCAGCUCCGGAGGCUGAUCAUGGAAAUCAAAGAGGAGAGGUCAGCAGACGAAGCACGGCAGUUUGUCCCUUCAUCGCAAGUAGACAGUCUAGGAGAGCCACAGUUUACAAGUAUUCAGAGAAUCGCAAAUGAACCAAAGCUGGAGUUCAGUCUUGCAUGCAAGGAUCUAGUGGCUGCUACCCGUGAUCGGAAGCUGAAUACGUUUAUACAAGUCUCGGUUGUGCAUCCAGCAGAGCACAUUCUGACAAGGUAUUCCAGCACUGAAAUCGUGGAGGGAACAAGAGACCCACUGUUCCUGACUGGUGUGACAUUCCCACCGGAAUACCCCAUCUAUGAGGAGACUAAAAUAAAACUAACGGUCUAUGAUGUCAAAGAUAAAUCUCAAGACACGGUCUGCACCAGUGUCCUACCUGAUCACAAGGAGCCAAGAACAGAUGUUGGACGAAGCUUCCUGGGUUGUACAACUUUUAGAGUAGGAGACUUAGUGAAGUCAAAGGAGCAACAGUUGACCCUUACCUUGAGGACUUCUGAUGGUGGAAAGACAGUUGGUACCAUUGAAGUCAAUCUUGUGAAGAUGGGAGAGAUAGAGGAUGGGGAAGCAGACCAUGUCACAACAGAUGCACAGGAUCAAAAGUUCCUCUGUUUUCUGCCCUUGAAGUCCCGUCCACGUGGAUUUUUGUUAAGUGCAACCUGUGCCCACAAUACUGAAAACCUGGACAGAAUGACAGACAGGCGAGCCAAAGAAGAGUGUGCAUUGGUUCGUGAAUGUACAGCCCCUGAAGGUGUAAGUGGUAAAGACAACUUACCUUUACUAAAUGCAGUGUUAAAAAACCCAAUCUGUAAGUUAUAUAGAUUCCCUACUUCUGACAACAAGUGGAUGCAGAUCCGAGAACAGAUGGCUGAGAGCACCCUCUCUUUCCAUGUUCCUAAAGAACUGAUCAGUCUGCACAUAAAGGAGGAUAUGAGAAGGAAUCAGGAACUUAAAGAGUUGGGAGAGCUUGCUCCUCACUGGGACAAUAUGCGUAAAAAUGUUAUUGCUCACUGUGAUCAGAUGUUGAGCUUGUACCAGGAUACUCUUGCAGAGCUUGGAAAGCAUACAGGUUCUUCCUUCAAAUCAAGCUGUAGCAAAGGAGAAAAAACAUUAGAGUUCAUUCCAAUAAAUCUCCAUCUGCAAAGAAUGCAUGUGCAUACUGCUCGCUUGAAAGAUGCUGUGUACGAUGUCAUCACCGUGGGAGCCCCGGCCGCGCACUGUCAGGGAUUUAAGAAUGGCGGUCUCCGGAAACUGCUGAGUAAAUUUGAGGCAGAAAGGCGAAAUACUGGAUACCAGUGUAUUUAUUAUUCACCUGAAAACACAGCCAAGGCAAAAGAAGUUCUCAGCAACAUCAAUCAUCUACAACCUCUCAUAUCAAGCCAUGCAGACCUGCUGCUUAAUUCUGCAAGCCAGCGUUCUCCAGACAGCUUGAAGAACUCUUUAAAGAUGCUUUCAGAAAAAACAGAGUUAUUUGUGCACGCAUUUAAGGAUCAGCUGGUGAGAAGUGCCCUUUUAGCACUAUACACAGCCCGGCCUGGCUGUGUCCUCAAGAAACCAGUCACGCCCAGAAACAGUGUGGAAGAAGGGGGUGAUUCACAGCAUCAGGAUCAUCCUUCUCAGAUUAAACGACAGGACUCUAUACCUCAUCAUUCUGAGUACGACGAGGAAGAGUGGGAUAGGGUGUGGGCCAAUGUGGGGAAGAGUUUAAACUGCGUUAUUGCCAUGGUGGACAGACUGCUUGAAAAGGACAACAGCAGCAGCAUUAAAGAAGGUGAAGAUGACCCUUCACCAGCAGACCGCAAGAUAUCUCAUACAGGUGGUGACUGGUAUGAACAGCUUUAUCCCCUGGUGAUUACGCUGAAGGACUGCAUGGGAGAGGUGGUGACCAGGGCGAAGCAGUCGAUGACAUUUGUUCUGCUCCAAGAACUUGCAUGCGGUUUGCCACAAUGUUUGAUGUUGACCCUAAGGAGAGACAUUGUCUUUAGUCAAGCGCUCGCUGGAUUGGUCUGCGGCUUUAUAAUCAAAUUGCACGCAGGUUUACAUGACCAAGGCUUUUUACAACAGCUUCAUACUGUGGGAUUGCUUGUGCAAUAUGAAGGACUCCUUAGUACAUAUAGUGAAGAAGCAGGUAUGCUGGAAGACAUGGCUGUGGGAAUUUCAGAUUUGCAGAAAGUGAUGUUUAAAAUCAUUGAAGCCAAAUCAGAAGACUUUUUGCCUAUUAUAAGUGGAAGGCGUGAACAUUAUGUUAUAGAGGUCCAGCUUCCAGCAAAGAUGUUUGAGUUGCUGCCGCAAGAGAUUAAAGAAGGAAAGCUGCUUCGCAUGUAUCCAGUACUCUUUAAUGUUGGAAUCAAUGAACAGCAAACGCUUGCAGAGAGGUUCGGAGAUACCACUUUGCAGGAAAACAUUAACCAGGAAAACUUAGAACUUCUGAAAGAAUAUUACAAGCUGUUUACAGAAAAAAUGCCUCCUGAUUGCCUACCACAUUUUCAAGAACAAAAUGACUUAAAGGGAUUACUAGAAAACCUCCAUCAAAAUAUCCAGGCCAAAAAGAGAAAGAAUGUAGAAAUCAUGUGGCUGGCUGCAACGAUUUGCCGCAAGCUGAACGGGAUCCGCUUCACCUGUUGUAAAAGUGCCAAGGACAGGACAUCCAUGUCAGUGACGCUCGAGCAGUGCUCCAUCUUGAGGGACGAGCAUCAGCUGCACAAGGACUUCUUUAUUCGGGCGCUGGAUUGCAUGAGAAGAGAAGGAUGCCGCAUAGAGAAUGUACUGAAGAAUGUCAAAUGCAGAAAGUAUGCAUUCAACAUGAUACAGCUGAUGGCUUUCCCAAAGUACUACAGACCUCCAGAAGGGACAUAUGGAAAAGCUGACACCUAAGUUUAACAAAAAUGUAAUCAGGAACAUACAUCUAUGCUAAUUAGUGAUUAUAAAAAUUGCUGUUUAUGAGUUAUUAAUUGGCAAUGUGUAACAGUUGAGAUGUUAUCUUUAUCAGGUUUUAUCAUUUUAGAAUAAGUGCAACUAUCAUUAUGAAAUAAAACAUCAUGAAAAAGUAGUGGACUGAAUGUUCUCAAAAAUAAAUACGUUCAGCUUUUCUGCACAAAUUUGAAACUUAGUAUGACCCAUUAGCCAGCUGGAAAUACUUUUUGAGUAGUUUGAUAGAAGAUCAAAAAGGGAAAUGUGGAUUGCUAUAGGAAUUGAUGUUAGCAAUUUAGAAGGUGGCAUUUUUGACUCUGAACCAAAAUCUGAGAUUUAAGGGUUCUCUUCCUGCUGCAAAUAGUGUUUUUCGGGAAAAACAUAAAGUCUAGGUUUUGAUCACUAAUGAUCAAAUCCUCCAUAGAACUGUUUAUGAAAGAUGCUAAUCUUAAUCUCUGGGCUGAAUAUAGAUUUGGUAAUUACAUGUUGCUUCUUUAGAUAAGCAUCAUAACUACAUGAUAUAUUUUUAAUAAUUACAGCAUGUAAUUUCAUUCUGGUUCCUUGCAGUUCAUUUGGAUGUAUCAUUCUUGGGUUUCUGAACCAUAGCCAAGUACCACCUGUUUCACUUGCACAUAAAUCACAGUGAAAUCAGGGAGAUUAAUUCUUCAGGUAAGAUGACCUGAAUUUGACCUGUCAUGUUGCUGUUUACCAUAAACCGUGAAAACUAAAUUUUUGUUAGCAGUAGGUAAAAUAGAGUUGUUUAUAUAUAGGUGUUAACAUAUAUUUUUGGGCUGUAAGAAUGUGUUUUUACAAAGCCUAAUCAUUAUAAUUAGGGUAACCUGCUAUAUUAAGACUAGUUAGCUACUACAGCUGACUUAUUACAAAUCUGUAAUGCUGCAUGUAGACAUUCUAGGACAAGAGACAACCAUCAACUUUAAUUUUAAUGCUCCUGCCAGCUUGUGUUAGUCUUAAAUUCGUCUUGCAGAGAGCAUUGGUGUUUUUUAAUUGUAUUCAUCAAUUUCCUUCUGCCCCCCCCAAAAUACAAUUAAAAAAAAAGUAUUCACUUGACCUUUAUGUAAUAAAUACUUUCAUUCUGAAAAAAAAUAUAUAGAACAGAAAUACAAGAAUUUUAUCCAAAUGAAACUGCAUUGGAAAUUUAAGGAUCUGUAGGAACACGUAUUUGCCAAGGAUGAAGAGGUUAAUGUUUGCUUGCUCUUAUAGAAGCCGCAGAAAUCUUGAUGCAUGAUGAAUUAACAUGUUCUUUUUAAUCCAUUAAGAUACUGGGUAUAAAUCUAUUGCUGUAUUAAUAAAAUAUGUAUUUAAGAGCCUGAUCCUGCAAAUUAUAAUUGGGUGACUACAUGAAAAUGAUCUGGCAUGUGAGUAAAAAUAAACCUACCUUGUAUAUUUGCAAGAUCAGGCUUUUGGCCAGCUAGUAAAACAUCAGGAAGAGAUCCUCAUUCCAAAAUUCGCUGACUUCAGUGAAGCCCGGAAUUCACCAAUCUGAUAUAUUUACAUAAUGAAUUGGAACAGUUUUUCAAAGUAAAAUAUAUCACUUGAAUAGUGUUUUGGUGCAUUUAUUGUUUGUUCAUGUUAUAUGCCUCCAUUAGAAUGUUCUGUCAUGCAUGGCUUUUUUUCCUGUUAGAAUGUAUUGCUUUGCAGUAGAUGUCAGAAGAGUCAGCACUGUGUUAUAGAUAAGAUCAGGCAGACGAGAAUAUAAUGCCGUGAUUUUUCCUGUCAUAUACCAGUAGAAGCAGACACUACUCAGUGGGAGGAUGGGUGGAUGUGUGCAUAGAUUUGUGUUUGUAUUUGGGUAUUUAACCAUUACACAGCUGACCUGUACAAAAUCUUAUUUGUGGGUUUAUAGAACAUAAGUCUUCCUAAGAAAGUAAUAUUCUGUUCUGUUAAUCUGAUUGCUACAUUAGCCCUUACUAUCCUUUCUGACAUGUUUAUUAUUAAUGUUAAAAAUAUAUAUAUAUACUUACACAGUUUAGAAAUAGUGGUAAAUUCCUCAUGCAACUCUGAAAUGAUCCCAUAGGUGUAUAAUAGAGAAUGAUAGCCUUUCUACGGUAAUUUUAAACAAUCUGCAAAAUUCUUUAGUGGGAUGGUAUUCUCUGGUAAGUACUGUAGGUUCCUAUAGUACUUUACCUCAAUCCCCGUGGGCAUUCUGACAAGUUCAAAAUAUGAUAUUCUGUAGAUUUCUUAUCAGGAAAGCCCUCUUUCAAGAUCUUUCCUCAGCAUUUAAAUCACAUUUGGGAUCUAAAUUGCCAUCGAGGCCAUAAUGUUACCUUUAUAUUUAAGAAGUUUUCAGUAGUGAAGCCACAUUAGUGCACAAAAUCAUUAAUUUUCUAUCCUUAUCUUAGCAGCCACUCCCAGCAUGCCCUUGUGAAAUUAAAUCAUCUGUUACUUGUUAAUGAUAAUUAGAAAAAUACCACAGUGCACUGCAGUGAGAUUUUUUUUCGGGCUUGGGCCAUUACGGAAGUGUAGUUUGGGUUUUGUUUUAAACAAGGCUGAACUCUUAUGCCAAGUUUUUGAUCUGAACAUCUUUUUGUACGUUACUAAGACCCUUUUAAAACCUGCUGACAGAGCUCCAAGUGUCCUAAAAGAAACUUGUUACUUCAGUACUGGAAUAUGCGUUAAGCUCAAUAUUUCCUCGUUCACUUCCAAAGAGCGAUUCUCACUGCCUCCUGCCGUUUAUAAAGGCAGAGGCUUUGUUUACCAAAAAUGAGUUAUCAGCUAAUCGUUGAUGCAGAACUAGUGUUUUUUUCUGGUUUGACUUUUAUAAAGAAACAGAAAGAAGUUUUUGCUGCAGGUUAAUAGUUAUGUUACAAAUUAGAGUGUAUUUACUGUGUGUAGCAGCCACGUUCAAGCCCUGUGUAUUGUUUGAGUGCUUAACAGAGGAGAUCUUGCACAUGUACUUGUAGUUCACUGUAAAUAUCAGAGGAGUAAUAUUUUUAUGAGCAGGCUUACACCAUUUGCUUGCAAAGGGUUAAGGGAAACAUAGUGAUUUUAGUGGCAGAUUCAUGGAAAAUAUAUCUGCUUUCUUAAAACUUUUGUAAGGUAUGAAAUAUUCUAUUCCGAGGGAAGGACAAUAUUCAAGGGCUAGAAGAUUAAUUUUUAAAUGCAUCUCUUGCAUCUAAAACCACAUCCUGCCCCUCUAAUUCAACAAAGAUAUUUAUAUAAAUACAGCAAUUGGGAUCUGCCUUGAGAAAAACUGAAGGGCUUCUAGCUUUGAGUAUUUGUACAGUGCAUUGUUACAUGCUCAUAUGAGUUUUUUUAUACCACAGAUUAGCAUCUAAAUAGAAAACUAGUUUAACAUGCCUAGAAAAGAGGGGAAAGGAAAGUUAAUGUAAUGUUUUCUCAGAGAUUAUUGUAACAGUGCUAUAAUAUGUAACAUGCAUAGACCUGGCAUUAGUAAGCAGCCAGGUCUUUUCUUCUAAAAUCUUCUUUUGGGGAGUUCUUAUCAAUGUUUAUACUUUUUUUUUUUUUAAUGGGGCAAUUAGGAAACAGAGAAAUUUUUAAUUACGUUAUCUGAUUUUGUCUAUGUGAAGCUGUGUAUUUUGAUGGAAUAGUAGCAAUGUAUGUGCUACAAAGAAUAAAUAAUAUAGAAGGAUAGCUGAAGCCAACAAAAUAAUAACUAAGAGCAAGCCUUAAUGAAGUCCUUUGCAUUGUUAAUUUUUGCACUGUCCAAACUUUUGGCAUUAUGUAAGUAAAGCAAGGAAGUUAAAGAACAAACUUUUGUGUGUAAAACAAUCAAUCUUGAUGAAAAUUGUUAUUUUAGGUGAAUUAAAAUGUAAUGGUAUUCUAAAUCAUCAUUAGCAAUUUAGGUGCAAAGAAGUGCAGCAUAUUAUUUUGGAGUCUAGUGUAUAAUACUCCUAUUUUGAUAUUCGGAAAACAAACUCAUUUACAUUUCUCAUUUCAAAAAACGUUCCAGGAAAUCCUAUAGUCAGCUGAUCAAAACAAAAACAGGAAAUGCACUGAACAUCACCAGAUGUAACAAACAAAUUGUGUUAAAAUCUAUGCAGCAAAAUUACUUGUGUGAGUUAAUGGAUGUAACCAGUUAACAAUCUUAAACAUAUAUUGUGUCAGUUGGCUAUGUUGUAGACUUGAAACCAUUGAUAUCUCUGUAUUUAUGCUUUUUUAUUGUAAAGAGGAAGUAUACUGUACAGGCAAUACCAUGAGACAUGAGUUUUCAUCUUGUUCUUCACUUAUUUGCAGCUUAAAAGCAGGUGUUUACAUUCAAAGUGCUUUAAAGUCAUUAACUGUUCUUUAAAACAGAGACUUGCCUUGUAGAAUGCAUGUUUUCAAAAAAGCAUCACAAACUGUUUUGUUUAAAAAAAAAAAAAAUUCACAGAUUUCAGUCACUAGAACAUGAAUGGCUUUGUCUUUAAUCAUGCAAUACAUCAACAAUGAUUGCAUUGUGUUGCCGGAGGGUUCAGCUUCCACUCUGCAGCACUCAAACAUUUUUUUUCUUUCUCUCAAUAUCAUCUACUGAAUAAGUAGUAGAACAAACUAAGAAAAAAUUAAGCAUAUUACUGAUCAUCCAAGAAUAACAGUUGUAUUUGCUCAAAUAUACAUAAGACUGAAUACUUCGUAAUGUAUAAAACAGAAGACACUUGUAAACCAAUGUAUCCAUAUUCCAAAGAGCUUAAAAACAUAAAACAUGAGUGUUUGUGUGCUGACAGGGAGAAAGGAUUAUGGUAGAAAGGGUAUGAUAAUAGAGUGCUCUCACUCUGUGGGGUUUGGAGCAGUGGGAUUAGGAUCACGCUACUCUAAUUUAGACAUCUGACUUUUGGCAAUGGUGUUUUGUACUCUUUCCAUUUGGCAUGCAAAUUACUUCAAAAGUUGUCAGCUCUUCUGUUUUGCUUAUGAAGAAUCUGACUUCAAAAUUUCUAAAACCCCAGGUUACUUUGGUACUCAUUUUCAUUUGGUGUAGCUGUUCCACUGUAAUGGUCCUGUCUCUCUCUCUGGAGUGCAUGGGGCUAUUUGUAUUAGUAACAAUAAUAGGACUUCAGUCCACAGUGUGUUUAAUUCAGAGAAAUGAAGCACAACUAAGCAAUUCAACUUCUUCUGUACUGCAGGAUUUAGCAUUUUGUUUCAUUGCUGUCUGUAAACCAUGUCCAUUGUACACUGUGUGUAUAUUUUUAUUUAAAUAAAUGUGAUGUUUAUUUUUUA